AUGUCGCUUCCGGUAGUACUAAACGUGCUCGGGACGAUGGGCACGAUAUGCUGGACGGUCCAGCUCACGCCGCAGAUCUGGAAGAGCUGGCGCACAAAGUCGACGGAGGGCCUCUCGCCGUGGUUUGUGUUUUUGUGGGGCACCGCCGCGGGGUUCAUGGGCGUCUACGCGAUCGUGCAGGACCUCAACGUCCCGCUCAUCGUCCAGCCGCAGCUCUUCGGCGCGCUCUGCCUCGCGUCGUGGGCGCAGUGCCAGUACUACGGCGCGCCGCGGCGCCCGCGCGCGGUCUGUGUGGCGCUGUACGGCGCGGCACUCGCGGGGCUGGCGGGGUUCCAGGGCGGGAUGGUGUAUGCGGUGCGGGGGGACGCGCGCGCGGUCGAGGCGUUUGGGAUCAUCUCGUCGGUCGUACUCUCGCUUGCGCUCUUCCCGCAGUACUACGAGAUCUACGUGCACCGCGAGGUCGUCGGGCUCUCCGUGCCGUUCAUGGCCGUCGACAUGCUCGGCGGCGUCCUGAGCGACCUCUCGCUCGCGUGGCGGCCCCCGCCGUUCGCCGCGCUCGCCGCGCUCAGCUACUCGCUCGUCGUCCUCUUCGACGGCCUCGUGCUCCUCGCCGCGGCGGUCCUCAACCCGCUCGCCAGGCGCCGCCGCAAGCGGGCCGAGGCUGCCGCGUCCGUCGAGGCGCAGGACGGGCGCGGCGACGUCGACGGCCGGACUCGCGCUCGGGCUGAUGACGCACGCGGAGAUGCAGAUUCGGGGUUGAUGGCUAGUGACUAG